AUGUCCCUGGCAGCAAUGGAGCCCCGGCAAUGGCAAAAGCCUGGCUUUCUCGUCUCCACAGAUAAGAAGCUUCUUUCCAUCCCAUCAAUCAACAGUGCAUUCGGGCUCGACAUCAUCUACUGGACUCACCCUGUCCCAGAAGAUGUGCUGAAAAAUAUCAUUGACAACUCAUUUUGCUUGGGCCUCUACGAGCUCGUCAGCAAACAAAAUGUCACCAAAAACGCAUCCAUCACAGAGAUAAGAGGAUGCGAUCUCAAGCAAAUUGGAUUCGCUCGCCUGGUCGGAGACGGUGUGACUUUCGCGUACUUCACCGAUCUCUACGUCCUACCCGAAUACCAGGGUCUUCAACUCGGAGGCUGGGUGAUUGACUGUAUUGGAGAAGUGUUGAAUGACAUGCCCUACCUGCGCUGGGCUAUGUUAAGAACUUCGAUGGAGAUGAGCCAGAUUGCUUAUGAGAAGAGGCUUGGGAUGGAAGUUCUUAGAUCGGGUGAUAUCAAGGAUGGACCUGUUAUGAUGGGGAGAAGGGGGAAAGCUUGGGGGUCCUUGACUUGUAUUCUGGAUCCAUACACUUGA